GCUGCCCGGGCCCCGCGCUGCCGGCGCCUGCGCCCCCUGCCGGGCGGGGCGGGGCGGCUGAUGCAACCGGCGGAAGCGCCGUGACGGCACUUCCGGCGCGGCGGCAGCAGCAUGGCGGGCGAAGGCAUCGGCAGGACGGCGGCGCUCGCCAUGGAAGAGCUGUACGUCUCUGAACAAGAGGGCAGUGAUUCCACUGGUGAUGGGACACAAAAGAAACCAUUCAAAACUGUUUUAAAGGCUCUAAUGACAGCAGGAAAGGAACCGUUUCCUACUAUUUAUGUGGAUUCGCAAAAAGAAAAUGAGAGAUGGAGCAUUAUUUCAAAGUCACAGAUGAAGAAUGUCAAAAAACUAUGGCACAGGGAACAAAUGAAGAAUGAGGCUAAGGAGAAGAAAGAGGCAGAAGAUCUCUUGAGAAGAGAGAAGAACCUAGAGGAAGCUAAGAAGGUUGUUAUCAAGAAUGAUCCUAGUCUUCCAGAGCCAAAAUGUGUAAAGAUUGGUGCUCUGGAGGCUUACAGAGGGCAAAGAGUGAAGAUUUUUGGCUGGAUUCACAGAUUACGUAGGCAAGGAAAAAAUUUGAUGUUCAUUGUUUUGAGAGACGGCACAGGAUUUCUACAGUGUGUCCUUUCAGAUGAACUGUGUCAGUGUUACAAUGGGCUACUUCUGUCUACGGAGAGCAGUGUUGCCGUGUAUGGUGUGCUGACCCUUGUUCCCGAAGGCAAGCAGGCUCCAGGAGGCCACGAGCUGAACUGCGACUACUGGGAGCUUAUCGGUCUGGCCCCGGCAGGAGGGGCUGACAACCUACUCAAUGAGGAUUCAGAGGUUGACGUGCAGCUUAACAACAGGCAUAUGAUGAUUCGUGGCGAGAAUAUGUCAAAAAUCUUCAAGGUGCGCUCCAUGGUAGUACAGGUCUUCAGGGAUCACUUCUUUGCCAAUGGAUACUAUGAAGUUACACCACCAACUUUAGUCCAAACACAGGUUGAAGGAGGCUCGACCCUAUUCAAGCUGGAUUAUUUUGGUGAAGAGGCGUACUUGACACAAUCCUCCCAGCUCUACCUGGAGACCUGCCUUCCGGCAUUGGGAGAUGUUUUUUGUAUCGCUCAGUCAUACAGAGCUGAGCAAUCCAGGACGCGCAGACACUUGGCAGAAUACACUCACAUUGAAGCUGAAUGCCCUUUUAUAAGUUUUGAGGAGUUGUUGGACCGUCUGGAGAACUUGGUCUGUGAUGUAGUGGACAGAGUCUUGAAAUCACCUGCAGCAAGCUUACUGCAUGACCUAAACCCGGGCUUCCAGCCCCCUAAACGUCCGUUCCGACGGAUGAACUAUACUGAUGCCAUUGCAUGGUUAAAGGAACACGAUGUGAAGAAGGAAGAUGGCACUUACUACGAGUUUGGAGAUGAUAUUCCUGAAGCUCCUGAGAGACUAAUGACAGACACCAUUAAUGAGCCAAUCCUGUUGUGUCGAUUUCCUGCAGAGAUAAAGUCCUUUUAUAUGCCGCGCUGUUCUGAGGAUUCCCGGCUUACAGAAUCUGUCGAUGUGUUGAUGCCGAAUGUUGGUGAGAUUGUUGGAGGCUCUAUGCGUAUCUGGGACAGUGAGGAGCUAAUAGAAGGCUACAAGAGAGAGGGCAUCGAUCCCACACCGUACUACUGGUACACCGACCAGAGGAAAUACGGUACCUGCCCUCAUGGUGGAUAUGGUUUGGGGUUGGAACGAUUCCUGACCUGGAUCCUGAACAGGCACCAUAUCAGAGAUGUCUGUCUCUAUCCUCGCUUCGUCCAGCGCUGCAAACCAUAGCCGUCCUUGUGAUGAAAUGCUAGGAAACGGAGCAACUGAUGCUUCGGAAAGAACGAUUCACUACCAUACUACAGCCUGUCCGAGAACAAGACUUACUGCAACCUGUGGUUAAUACAAUCGCUAUUUUAGUUGGGAGGGAACCCUUUUUAAAGGAAAAUGCUAUUAAUUAACUGGAAGAAUUCUUAGAAAAAAUUGUUAAAAAAAAAAUUGUAAAAAUACUCUCAAGUCGCCAUAAAACAAAGAUCCUGAUAAGCUGGUAUUUAAAAAAAAAAAGAAGAUGCGCUUUUACCUUUAAUGUCUGUGACUUAUGAAUAAAAUAUUUGGGGCAUUUAAUUUUUUUUGACCUCUGUUUUCUCUUUUGUGGUUUCUUGUUGGAGAAAUCGGAAGGUCAAGCUCUUUAAAUUCCCAAAUACUGACUAUUGAGAAUGUCAUGAAGAGGCUAUCAUCUAUAUAGCGCAAUGAAGUAUAAAAACUAGAAUAAAUACAUUUAAGCGCUGCACUUUUUAGCUCCUACUGCUUUUAAUGAAAGUUUUGAGUUUAUUCAGUAGCAAGGCAUGUAGUAUUGAACGCAAAAUUCUGCUGCGAGAGGUGUACUUUUUUUCCAAAGUAUUUAUUGAGACUGAUUGUGAGGUACACUGUUAGUUUUCCCUGGCAUUUGUGGACAGAGCGCAAUAGUGGGACCACGCACACCUAACAUGCUGAAUUACCAUUUUAAGAGGACUGUCUGUUAGCUCAUGGGCACCUGGAUGUUUGUGUUGCUUUUAAAACCAAGGUUCUUCCCUCUGCUUCAAACAAGAAGUAACUGAUUGAAGACCCAAAGAACUUGGUAACUGUGAAACAGAAUUGGUUUCCAGCACUGUAUGCUGACUGAAUUUCUGUCCUCUCUAGGUGAAUUGUAGUUCAAGCAGUGCUUUCCCAUUUCCUGCUAAAGAAUGUUUUCAUACUAGAGCAGUCCCAUGUUUCCCAGCUGGCCCGGUGUACUCUUCUGCUACUGCGUCUUAGCAGGUUCUCUGCUGUAAACAAGCUAUCAAACGGAAUUAAUUAUAUAUUAAAUCUGUUGAGUCAUCUGAAUGCUUCUUAGCCAUAAACAAACUAAGUCCUUUUACUACAGUGAAAAGAAGAAAUAAAAAAAAGUAGGGGCAUCAUUUGCUACCUGCACUGAGAUUUUAUCUGGAUUUGCCGUUCAUAGAAUUGUUGUUGAGCUGUGUGAUGUCCAUAUUUUUGUAGUAAAAGAUUGGGUUUUUUCUUCAUCUUGCAUGUUACAUACACAAACUAGUCUAAAUCAGCAGUCAAUAAAUUCCUGGCAAUAUGGAAAA